GGAUUUAAGCCUCUCAAAAUGAACCCUAAUUCACACCACGGUUUCGCGUCCGCCACUCUUUCCCUGUAUAAAUAGUAUUCUCUCUCCGCCCUUAUCAUCUUGUUUGGAAGUUCGUAACGGCUGGUCGAUUGCAGAUUUCUCAUUUCCUCUCUUAUCUCUUUCUCUCCGUCCGGAAAACUUUCGCCGAUUUCAUCCUGCAGAUUUGAUCUCGAUUGAUCUAUCAAUCAAUCAAUUGUUUUUUAGAUUUCUUGGAAAUUUUGUUCCCAUUUGACGAACUCUCAACCCUUGAUCUAGGGAUUUGAAAUUGGAUUUGCUAAUUUAACCGUACGAUUGAACUUAAAUUUCCAUUUUUUGGUGGAAAUUGCGAUACAUUAAGGUGUUAGGGUUUCGAAUCUUUAAUAAUCGGAGAAGAAAUGGCGGAUUCUAAGAGACAAGAAUCGAUGAACAGCAGCAAAAGUGACGACGAUUUCCGACGAUUUAACGGCGAAGAAAUUGUUGAUGCAGAAGAUGCUAGUUCGAUUGUCGAAUCGCCGGACGGAAAUUUAACGGUGAAUGACGAGAGUAAUGGAUCAGCGAGUUUGGCCGAUCGACUGGGGGAGAUAUUAGUAGAGGAAGGUAAUGGAGACCUGUUGCUUCAACAGAGUGAUAGGGAGAGCAAUUUUCUGCAGUGGCUUCAAGCUCUAGAUGUGCAACACAUGGGAGCUUGCCGUGCUGAUGAGAGGCUGAAGCCUUUGUUGAAGGCGAAUGCUUCUUCUGGUGCUGCUGAGGAUCGCCUUCUCUCUCAUCUCAGCCAGCAUUUUGAAACAUCUGAAGUUGGGCUGCUUGCGAGGUGUUUGUGUGUCCCGCUUGUUUCGAUGCGAGUGGGGAAGGUGGUCAAGCAAGGAUCAUUGUUGUGCCCGACUUCUGUGAGGGGAAAUUUGAACCUUACUCUUCUUCCAUCAUCUGAUUUGCGCAUCUCAUUUGCGGGGGAUAAUGGACAAACUGAAAGACUGGCAACAUUAAGUGAUACUUCUGAGGGUUCUGAUGUGAUAGUUAAGGAAAUACCCGCAGAUCAGUCUGGUCGAUCAUUUGUAAUGAAGCUUCUUGAUGGAGAGCCUUUUUACUUUUGGUGCUCUGAGAAGUCAAAACUACUUGGUAGUGACUUGCUUUUGAAGAUGAAGGAUUUGCUAAAGAGUAAACCAACAUUACCUGAAUUAACAGGUAUCAGUGAAUCACGCCUUGAGUGCUUUGCAACUCAUAUACGCUCCUAUUUUGCUGGCCCAAACACUUUUCACGAUUCUUCCACGGCUUCGUCUGCUCUGUGGGCUGACAGAAGAGAAGAUAAUCAUGAAGUAGGACAGAAUUCUCAGUCUUCAUCAACUGCUGUGAGGCCUCUCCGUACCAGACAGUGUAGUGGUCAAACAAUGAAAGUGCAAGGAAGCCUGAGUCCACGGUCCAGUUCAUUCAAAGAAGGGCAGCCAAAGAUUCUGACAACCUUGAGGAGUACCUCAAGAGAGAAAUUAAGGCGACGUGGAGACCUCCAUCUUCCUGUUGUUGGCAGUUCAUUCAUGAAUGAAGCAGUUCUAAACCUAUCUGACCAGGGAAAGCCUUCAGAAGCUGUAGCGACCAGCACAGUUUCUCCAUUGAGCUUUCUGGAAUCACUUGGGAAUUGCAGUCUUCCUGAGUCUCCAAGCUCAACAACUCGUAUCCCUCCAAUUGGCACUCUUUUGUCCCCCUACUACUGCUGGUGUCCCCCCUGCACUUCUCCAUCUGCGGCCUCAAUUGCAAAACUCCCGACCUCAUUUGCCGAACCAUUCUCACUACCACCACUCUCCACCCUUUUACAACCCACAGUAACCCACAGCAUGCUCCCACAAAUUCCGCCACUUGACUUGGCAAAUGUGCCUUCUCUUGAAUUCCCUACCUUCUUGUCUGAUCCUUUGUCACGGCUUUCCUUUACCACACAAAGCACACAGUUCCCAACCUUUACACCUCUAAUGUGUGACCCAAUUGUGCACAUUCCUGUUUUAGAUGUUUGCUCUUCCGGGCAAGGGUACUUGGUGAGUGCAGGGCCUGGUAUUGCAACCAGCAUUCCACCAUUAUAUCCAAAAAUGAUGGGUCCACUGAUUUCUGAGAGUGAAUCAAUGGUGGACAAAGGUGCAAGGGAGACCUUGAGGCUGUUGCUUGGAGGGUCAAGCAGCCAACCCUCUGCCUCUUUGAUGGGGGUUUUGAAUGAUAAGGACAACCAAGGUUAUAUAGUUACUGGAAGCAGAGGUCUCUACAGUGGGAUCAGCGAUGUUAAUGCCAUUGUUAACAGCUUUGCAGCGGUGGGAUUAACGUCAGUUUCUGAAAGGUCGGCAAGAGCUGUCAGCUUAAAGAAUUGUAGUAAUACCAAUGUUACAGGUGCUCUUGAGCAUACUUUUAGCAGUAUAGAUCUCCAGGAUUCUGCAUUCAUGUCUAGCGAGGAGGAAAAGGAUUGAUUUGACACAAGGGUGGUCCGUUUUGCUUGUUUCUCUUGUAUUCCUGUUUUUUGGGCCUAGAAUGGUCAAAAUGUGUAGAUAUAACUAGCUUCUAGGUUUUGGCUCUCUGAAAUGUAAUUAUGCCCCUUGUUCAACCUAUUUUGUUGGCAAACAUUGAUGUGAAUGAAUGUAAAUGAUUUCCUACGUCA